AUGACUGGCGGCAAAGACGCACCGACGAAAGCAACAGCUCACUCAGACAUUGCAAAUGCCGUCACGAACGACGAUAUCGUCGGCGAAUGUUCGAGUAUAAACGCUGCUACACAGGAUACGGGUGUAGUCGCUGGGACAAUCACACAGCUUAGAAAGACUGCUUGGGAGAAUCCUCUACUUACUGCGGCCACGGUAGUUACUGGAACUGGGCUUCUUGUUGUUGCUGCUCCCGCAAUUGUCACAGCUCCGCUCAUAAGCCUUGCUAGCGCGGCAGGCUUUACGUCGGGAGGAAUAGCGGCCACUUCUGCUGCAACGACCGUUCAUGCAAGCAUUGGGAAUGUUGCCGCUGGCAGCAUUUUUGCAACAUUGCAGAGUGCUGCCGCUGGAGGAUACGGAGUGGGUGUGCUGACUGGCGCAGCUCAGACUGCUGGAGGCGCUGUAGCUGGUGCUGGCGGACUCGGUGGGAUUCUAGCUUAUCUUAAGAAGAAGGGCAAGUCGCAGCCAGAGUCCAUCGAUGAGAAAAAGGAUCAAUAG